CCGGCCCAGUGAUGGCGUCGUCCAUGAGCGGUAUGUUUCCCGGUCAGCAACCGCCAAAUCCACACACCGUCCCUGGAGCGGGUGCACCGGGCCAACCCGGAUUCCCCGGUACGGCGAACCGGAGCCAGGGAAGCAACACGCUGGUGGAUGAACUGGAGGCGUCAUUUGAGGCAUGUUUCGCAUCAUUGGUAAGCCAGGACUAUGUCAAUGGCACCGACCAGGAAGAGAUCCGAACCGGUGUGGAUCAGUGCAUCCAAAAAUUCCUGGAUGUGGCCCGGCAAACAGAGUGCUUCUUCCUGCAGAAAAGGCUCCAAUUAUCUGUGCAGAAACCAGAGCAGGUGGUCAAAGAGGAUGUGUCGGAGCUUCGCAACGAGCUGCAAAGGAAAGAGAUGCUGGUUCAGAAGCACCUGUCCAAACUGCACCACUGGCAACAAGUGCUGGAGGACGUUAGCGGGCAGCAUCGCAAGCCCUCGGACCUCCCGCCCCCCGGACCGCUAGGCUUCAUAGAGCAGCCAUCGGCUGGUAUGGCCCCCGCCCCUUUAAAGCCAAACUAACUGGGUAGGAGAAGUGCUUUCACAAAGAAGCGCUCGGAUUUGGACUACUCUUGCAUGUCAAAAUGAGCUGAACGAAUCGGGCAAGCAGAGAACGCCUACAACAUAAACUGAACAUUUGCAACACAUUAUUUUUCGACUUCCAUCGAAACAAGGCUUGACUGGUUAAUCAGUUAGCAUGAUUUCACUAAACCAGUUUCCAUGAAACUAUGGACUCACAUUUUGCUGAAGCAUGAGGAAUCAUGUUCACUUUUUGCCAUGUGCACUGUGGUCAAACGAGGCAGUGACCCACCAGAUCGAGCUGAAACAAUAACCAACAGCGAGAGAGACAGUACGCAACACUGCCACCUACUGGACUGGAGUGGAACUUAUUGACAGGCCCAUUGGGAUUUUUCAAUCAAUUACUCUAUUGCAGGGGUCCCCAAACUACGGCCCGUGGGCCGGAUACAGCCCACCAGAGUCCAAAAUCCGGCCCGUGGGAAGCAUAUAUAUAUACACCGUAUUUUUCGGAGUAUAAGUCGCUCCGGAGUAUAAAUCGCACCGGCCGAAAAUGCCUAAUAAAGAAGGAAAAAAACAUAUAUAAGUCGCACUGGAGUAUAAGUUGCAUUUUUUGGGGAAAUUUAUUUGCUAAAACCCAACACCAAGAAUAAACAUUUGAAAGGCAAUUUAAAAUAAAUAAAGAAUAGUGAACAACAGGCUGAAUAAGUGUACGUUAUAUGAGGCAUAAAUAACCAACUGAGAACUUGCCUGGUAUGUUAACGUAACAUAUUAUGGUAAGAGUCAUUCAAAUAACUAUAACAUAUAGAACAUGCUAUACGUUUACCAAACAAUCCGUCACUUCUAAUCGCUAAAUCCCAUGAAAUCUUAUACGUCUAGUCUCUUACGUGAAUGAGAUAAAUAAUAUUAUUUGAUAUUUUACGGUAAUGUGUUGAUAAUUUCACGCAUAAGUCGCACCCCCGGCCAAACUAUGAAAAAAAUUGCGACUUAUAGUCCGAAAAAUACGGUAUAUACAGUGUGUAUAUAUAUAUUUUACACACAACCCGGGCCAAAUUUUUUUUUUAGCCUAAUGCGGCCCCCAAGUCAAAAAGUUUGGGGACCCCUUCUCUAUUGUAUGCAAGUAUUAGCACCAUGCUUACAUUUAUGACAGUAAAAACUUAAUUAUAAGGAAAAAGUCAUUUUUUAUGACUUGUAUUUUUCAUGAAAUAUUACAAAUGUACUUUUUCAAAAUUCCCCCGUUUUUUGGUAAAAUAUUUGUUCCCUUGUCAUUCUUUUAACUUAAUUUCCCUCAGUAUGUGGUUUUACUCCUAUCUUUUCAUCUUUUUUUUUUCAUUUAUUUACAUACAUUUUUUUCCUCGCUUUCUUUUUACUGUACAAACAGCAUAUUGCGGUAUUCCUUCACUCUGGACUUUUGUGUUUUUGUACACCAGUGCAGAUAUUAAAAUGCUGACAUUUAAAAGAAAGCCAGGUUCUUCCUGUGGUGUAACUUACUUGAACGUUAAAGAUGGCGCCACAUCAUAAAAAUAAUGAACGCUGACAGGCUGUUGCAUCAAAUGCAUUCAGCGACUUCACACUAUGACAGACUUGUUUUUGCCUGCUUCACAGCUGUCACCAUUCCAGAAACUACUAGCCUCCUACAGUAUUUCACAAAAGUCAGUACACUGCUUACUUGGGGGCGGUAUAGCUCGGUUGGUAGAGUGGCCGUGCCAGCAACUUGAGGGUUCCAGGUUCGAUCCCCGCUUCCGCCAUCCUAGUCACUGCCGUUGUGUCCUUGGGCAAAACACUUUACCCACCUGCUCCCAGUGCCACCUACACUGGUUUAAAUGUAACUUAGAUAUUGGGUAUCACUAUGUAAAGCGCUUUGGGUCACUAGAGAAAAGCGCUAUAUAAAUAUAAUCCCCCUUCACCUAUUUUGUACACAAGGGA